AUGGCUCAGGCGCAAGGCCGCGGGUCCGGCGGCCGCGAACAGCAUGCCUGGGCUGUCGAAGAGCGAAACUACGUCGCCUCGCCAGAUGACAGUGACACCAACCCACCCGUCCAGGCACUGUCCCCGAUGAGCAGUGGAGUGACAGCCGGUGACGCCACAUCGUCGACCUUGCAGACGCAAGAUCAGUCCUCGGCGGAUUCUUCCGGGGGUGCGAAUUCAAGCUAUGUAAAUAGCGCUAGCGAGGCUCACGAAAAUGUUCAGGGAGGAGCGCUGGAAUGGCCCGACGAGUCUUUCGAGCAUGCGCUCGAGCAGUUCGACUGGGUGUUUCCGGAGAGCAUCGUUGAUCCAAGCGGGAUAUCCUCAUCAUCCAGCCAUAUCCCAGACGAUCUAGGUGCCGCGCCAUCCAUCGCGGCCGCAGCUCCAACUUCAAAUGCAGCAGACAGCAAAGCAAAUCCCCAGAACCCAGCACACCCCCCAUCCACCAUCCCAUCCUCACCAGAAGCAGCACCACAACCACCACCCUGCCCCUGCCGCACCAACCUAACCGCCCAAAUCCCCUUCCUCGAGACCAUAACCCAGACCAGCCCCUCCCCGCGCCUAGACGCGGCCCUGCGCACCACGGCGCGCGUCAUCGCCGCCGCCCAGGCCGCCGUCGACUGCGCGCGCUGCCAGCCGCUGCUCGGCCCCGUGGACCUGGUGUGCGUCGUGGCCGUGUUCCAGCAGACGGCCGCGUGCUUCAACUACGUCGUCAAGGCCGGGCUCGACGGCGUCGCCACCACCGUCAGGAUCGGGAUCGGUAACGGUGCGGGCACGGGCGCGGGCGACUACUACGAGGUCGCGCUCGACGACGACCCGGCGCUGUGCAAGCGUGUGCUGGUGCUGGACCUGGUGCGCAAGGCGAGCCUGUUCCUCGAGGCGCUGGAGGCGCUGGCGAGGCGGCCGCCGGUGGGGAGGAAGAUGAAUCGGUCGCCUGCUUGUCUGAACCAGCUGAAUAGGGGGUAUGUGCAGGAAGUGGUUCUCAACUUUCGCAAGUAUUUCCGGAUCAGUACGGAGGUUUUUGAUGGAGAAAAAUCUGCUUGA